AUGAGAGGGAGCUGCUGUGUGGUUGAAGUUGAAUCGUCGGGGCAGAGCAGAGGUUCCCGGCAGCUCCUGGUAGCCCCGGUUAAAUCGGUGAAGAUCAAGCUUUUGCUCUGUUGUUGCAUUGCGUUUACGGUGUUCGUGCUCACCUGCAGUGCUUCCGCCUUCGCGGUAUGGACCAAUCAGAGUCCUGUUUUCACUCCUUACUCUGCCUCAAGGAAAGGAUAUUCUAUUGUAAUGAACACAUGGAAGAGAUAUGAUCUCCUAAAGCAAUCCAUCAAGCACUAUUCAUCAUGUCCUCGGCUAAAAUCAAUACAUAUUGUGUGGAGCGAACCUAAUCCUCCUUCAGAUUCCCUUUUAAAGUUUUUACACCAUGUAGUGCAGUCCAAUUCUAAAGAUGGGCGACACGUCAAAUUGAAGUUUGAUAUCAAUGAAGAAGACAGUUUAAACAAUAGGUUUAAGGCAAUCAAAGAUUUAGAGGCAGAUGCAGUCUUUUCCAUUGAUGAUGAUGUCAUAUUUCCUUGCUCUUCUGUGGAAUUUGCAUUUGAUGUUUGGCAAAGUGCACCAGACACAAUGGUGGGAUUUGUUCCCCGUGCCCAUUGGGUACAUUCCUCGAAAGGAAAUGGUGAUAAAUUUGAAUGGGGGUGGUGGUCUGUGUGGUGGACUGGUACGUACAGCAUGGUGCUCUCCAAGGCAGCAUUCUUCCAAAAGUAUUUUAGUCUCUACACGAAUGAGAUGCCUGCAUCAAUUAGAGAAUAUGUGACCAAGAAAAGGAAUUGUGAAGAUAUUGCAAUGUCUUUCCUUGUUGCUAAUGCAACUGGUGCACCACCGAUAUGGGUGAAAGGUAGAAUAUUUGAGAUAGGAUCAACCGGAAUCAGCAGCCUGGGUGGUCACAGUGAAAGAAGAACAGAAUGUGUAAACAAAUUUGCUGCAGAGUAUGGAAGGAUGCCCUUGGUGUAUACUUCAGUGAAGGCUGUUGACAGCCGCAACGCCUGGUUUUGGUGA